AUGGUGAAGACGAUACUGAACCCCUCGGUGAGAGUUCACCUGGUGAUAUACCUGAGGAAACUGAAGCACACCUUAUUACAAGACACAUGCACAAAAAGCACAAAAGGCGCGCAUUCGAGGAUUCCUAAUAUUUGCAAAACAACUAAAACAAAGCAGUUAAGUAAAGAGUAUCUGACAGCUUCUUGUAAUUGGCGAAUCACUAACAACAAAACGUGGCGAGAUGUUUUUACUCUGACAGUUUCUUCUCAAAAACAAGAAAACGUCAAUAUCGAUGAAAUAGUCAGCCUAGGUACAUGCAUCUCUUUAGAACCAACGCAAUCUUCUAAUGAGCCAUGUAUGUUGGAAAUAAAGUUACCAAACCAUCAAAAAAUAUCUCAUAUUGCCACGGUUUCAGAAGGCCAUGUUUUAGAAUUUUUCAAACUAUGUGGAGAGUACCAAACAACAGUAUUUGCAGACCUUGUAGAUGAGUUUGAAGAUAAUUUUGUUUAUUUUGCAGAAACAAAAUUUAGCCCACCUACUUCUGAAGCUAGUAUAAAGUUCACAAAAACAAAGAGCAAAGAUUCAAUUAUGUGGAUAUAUGGCAUAAUGCUGUAUAUAACAGAACCCAUUGCUGAGUCUAAAACAUCGUCUCCACUCAUUUUUAAUCCUGAAAUCAUAAAACAAUUCCUAACUAAACUACCUUUUAAUGAUGAAGAUAAUGCUCCGGUUGGUAUACAAUCAUGUUACAAGAACAUAGUUAACUCAUCAAUAAACAAAAAUGUUAAAGAAAGUCAUGGAAAAGAGGUGGGACAAUAUAACAAAGAGCAUACUGAAUUGAAUGUAGACAUUAAAACUUACAUUGACAAUAAGCUUCAUGAUAUGGAGAGAACCACAAUGACAUGGAACCAGAAAUAGUAUUACAAAAUUAAAUAUUUAUGUAACAAAAUAAAGUUUCAAUUUUAUUUUUAAUCAGCA